UCCGCUAACAGUAGAAUCAAAUCAUGGCGGCUGCUAGAUAAGACCCUUCCAAACACACAGAUUCCAAGUAUUGGGGAUUAUGCGCAGAUCAUUUGCGCCAUUUGCAACAAGUUCAAGCCUCCUCUAAGUAGUGGAACUUAUGAAAAAGACAUUGAAAUAGCUGCUAAAAUGCAACUCUUGGCAAGGUCGUCCAAUGAACUUCAAACGUUCGUUAAUGACACUGGAUUAGAUCGAAGAUCCUACAGAUGGACCCCCAUCGAUGCCACGGAGGCGUGUCAGUCAUUCCCGAAAUUGACUGAGGAUGAAAUCAGGGAGUUAACACUUGGUGUUUACCAAGUCAAACUAGCCCGCUCCUACACUCAGGAACAUUGCAGCUCUGAUGGCACAUACGAAAUUUUAGUAAGUGGUGAAGUGCCGAACAUAGUUUCGGCAAAAAUACAGAGUCGACAUGUUUCAGCCAAACGCUACAAGUUAUGGAUUAAACAUGACGGAAUUCUUGUAACUGGAUGGUACUGCACAUGCAAAAAUGGCAGCCGAGUGGUUGGAAUGUGUGCACAUAUAACAAGUGUUCUGUGGUAUUUGUCAUACCAGCGACAUGAGGCGGGGCCGCUCAAAGUUAUUCCAAACUGGGCGGAUUCAAUUGAGGAUGCAGCUAGAGAUCCAGUGAUAGACGAGUCCGACAGUGAUGAUCCGGAAGAAUGA